AUGGCGAACUGGGCGGUUGAUCCUCGCCCGUUCGUGCCCAAGCGCUUCACGCUGGAAGAAUCGAUGCCACGCCCUCCCCUCCGCCAAGAGGUGUAUGUGACUGGUUGCUACAUGCUCUGCAACGAGGAUCUGGCGAUCGUCAAGCUUGAGCCGCCUGUCAGCAAGGAGGAUUUUGGAAGCCUGGCCUCUGCCCUUCGGGUCUUCUUCCAGGAGACACAUCAGCAUGAUGAAGCUAGCAAUGCUAUGGUUUUUUAUUUGGACCGUGAAGCAUGGGUUAUGCUUGCUACUUUUCCUGAAGAUGUCAAGAGUGCUUCUGUGAUUGCUAGAGCUGUUUCAGGAUUCGGUAUCAUGGUGGACUGGCAUGAGAUUGAGAACCUCGCUAGAGUUGUGGUGUAUCUGAAUGACAAUGCCAAAAUACCAGAUUCAGUAAAGGUAAAUGCAGGUCUCCCUCCUAAAGGCCGGUCUUGGACAAUGCCAUGCUAUGUGCUGAAGAAGAAGAACAUCACUGAACCACAAGAUGAAGAAGCGUCUGUCACUCAAGGCCCUCUUCACCCAGUACCUCCACAACCACCUCGCUGGUUUGGGCCUGAACCACCUGCGGAUUCUGAGGAGACAGCGGAUGGAUCCAAUGUGGGAUCUGCUAUGCACGUGGACGGUGCAUGGCCCAGUAGCUGGCAGGAGCAGUUGGCUUCCAGGGAUGAGGUAUUUGCUGUUGAUCGCCAGCUCAUGGAGAAUGUGACAUCCACAGAGAUGAAUCAGGACAAGUCAGUUCAGGCAGAGUUUGUUCUGAAGGCCCCAAACAACAGUACUAAUGCUCGCUCAAUGAACAUAGCUGCAACACAGAAUGCAGAUCUGCCACCUGCUCCUAAGAUCAGAUCAGUGAUCUAUGGCCCCCAGCCUCCUGAAGAUCCCCUCAUUGCUGUGGUACCCUCCCUGCUUCGUGAGACUCCAAGCAAGAAGAAGAAGACAGUGAAAGUGAAGGAACAGCUAGAUGAUGGGUUUCUAAGGCGUAGCAAGAGGAUUUCAAACCUGCGCGGUGAUUUCAAGGACGCUGAGAGCGCCAAGAAGGCCAAGCAGCCGACUGUUGAUGAUCCUGUUGAACCCAUGCCCCUGGCCAUCAUCCCACCGUCCCAGGAUGCUGCACCUCACCUCUCCAAAGAAAUUCUGGAAGGUAUAGCAACAGGUUUCCUCCAGAUUCAGCCUGAAGCUGUCUCUGCUGCCCUCCUGGAUGAAGACAAUCUAGAUGAUUAA